AUGCGAGGUUCUUACCUCUUGCCGAAGCAGCUACGCGACAUCGGCCGCAACAAUGGUCGCCUUUACGAGGCAAUCACGUCCACACUCCUUUCUGUUUCUAGACUGAGCUUGUCCUCACCUAUUUUCACUCUGGUCAUUAUUGCUGUGCUUGCGAGCACUUCGUACGUGGGCUUGUUGCAAGAGAGUUUGUUUGAUACAGGUGUGCAGGUUGCUGCGGAUAACGAGAAGGUGGAUAUAGAUUCCUUGCUCAAAGGGAGCCGUACUCUAGAACUGUCCAAGAAUACCGCUUGGAAAUGGCGUACCCUGGAGGAUGCAGACACUGCAUUAGCACAAGCACGAGCACAACACUACGCCUUGACAACAUUUGUGUUCCCUGACUAUGCUGGUCAGUCUACUCCGAAAUACGUUCCUCAUCCCUCAAACAUCACUGCCAUCUCUGUACCCAGUACCUCGAACCUUUUGACCCAUAUUUCCCAAGACACGAGUCUGGCCUACUAUGUACCUGAAAAAGAGCUUGCCGACUUCUUGCAGAGUGCGAAAGAGAUUCAGUCAGGAAAUGACAAGACGAAACUGUGGAGGAUGCAGGCUGCCUGGCACUCGGCCACUGGUUCAAGCUCAUAUCGUAACUGGCUCCUGAACGGCUGGACCAUCUUCAUUGAUCUAUUGAAACAUGCUGAAACCCUCGACAUUGUCAUUAUGGCUCUAGGCUAUCUGGCUAUGCACUUGACCUUCAUCUCUAUGUUUGUGUCCAUGAAGCGACUUGGCUCGAAGGCUUGGUUAGCUGUGUCUAUCCUGCUCAACAGCGUUUUCGCCUUCCUGUUUGGUCUGGUCACAACCACUAAGAUGGGUGUUCCCAUAAAUCUGGUCCUGCUCUCUGAAGGCCUGCCGUUCCUUGUCGUCACGAUCGGCUUCGAGAAGGCUAUCAUGCUCACCCGUGCCGUGCUGUCAGCUUCUUAUGAUACAAAGAGGCAAGCUGGUGGAGCCAACGGCCACGUCCUUGCUUCUGCAAUGGCUGCACCAGGCGGUCCUGCUUCUGUGCUCGAAGCCACCCAAGCUGCUAUCAAGGAAGUCGGGUUCGAGAUCGUGAGAGAUUAUGUCAUCGAAAUCUUCAUCCUUGUUCUAGGUGCUGCUUCCGGUGUUCAGGGUGGUCUACGUCAAUUCUGCUUUCUGGCUGCCUGGAUAUUGUUUUUCGAUUGUGUCCUCCUCUUCACCUUCUAUACCACUAUCCUCUGCAUCAAGCUCGAAAUCAAUCGCAUCAAACGUCAUGUCGAGCUCCGAAAGGCUCUCGAAGAAGACGGUAUUCAACCUCGUGUUGCCGAGAAUGUGGCAUCGAACAACGAUUCUUCAGACAGCACCAUGGGCUUCAACAUUUUCGGCGAGAAGAUCAAAGCCAGUGUUGUGCCAAAGUUCAAGAUCUGGAUGGUUACCGGCUUCGUUCUUCUCAACAUUAUCAAUCUCGUUACCAUUCCUUUCCGCGCUUCUCACUCCAAAACACCCACAAGCUCCAUCUCAAAUGUCCUAGCACCCACACCAAUAGAUCCAUACAAAGUUGCAGAAAAUGGUCUGGAUGCGAUAUACGUGCUAGCAAAAAGCAAGAAGCUCGAGGCAUACGUCACUGUCCUUUCACCAAUUAGGUAUGCUCUGGAAAACACUAUACCAAUGGAUGAUGACCUGGGAUUUUUUGACGACUACAAUCAUAUUCUGCAUUCCAUGGGCGGUCACGUCAUCGAGAGCAUUUUCCAGAGCUUGGAAGAUCCUAUCCUGAGUAAGUGGGUAUUAAUCGCACUGACAUUGAGCUUGAUUCUCAAUGGGUACUUGUUCAACGCUGCAAGAUGGAGCUUGAAAGACACCCCUACACCAAUUACAACGCCUGCUGUGCCUAACCUGGCACCAUUGAACCCACCACCUGCUGUACGAAGUGAAAGACCGGAGACACCCAAAGCGAAUGGUCAUACAAGAACGAAAGAGGAUGUAGAACUGAUGCUCAAAGAAAAGCAAGCUGCCUACUUGAAUGACGAGGAGCUGAUUGAUUUGUCUUUGAAGGGAAAGAUCCCUGGUUAUGCUAUCGAAAAGACUUUAGAGAACCCUGGCGUAAUGACCCGGUUGGAUUCUUUCGUCAGAGCUGUCAAAGUUCGCAGAGCUAUGAUAUCUCGGACACCUGCUACAGCAUCCAUUACUUCGUCCUUGGAGCGAUCCAAAGCACCAUAUCGAGAUUAUAACUACGAACUUGUUCAUGGAGCAUGUUGUGAGAACGUCAUUGGAUAUCUGCCAUUGCCGCUAGGCGUAGCAGGACCAUUAGUCAUUGACGGACAGAGUUAUUUCAUCCCAAUGGCAACAACAGAGGGUGUGCUUGUGGCUAGCACAAGUAGAGGUUGCAAAGCAAUCAAUGCUGGUGGCGGUGCCAUUACUGUUCUGACGGCUGACGGUAUGACUCGUGGUCCCUGCGUGGGCUUCCCAACUCUUGUUAGAGCUGGAGAAGCUAAAGUAUGGCUCGACUCUGAUGAUGGACAAAGCAAGAUGAGGGAAGCCUUCAAUUCCACAAGUCGAUUCGCUCGUCUCUCGUCCUUGAAGACUGCAAUAGCUGGCACUUAUCUAUACAUUCGCUUCAAGACAACAACAGGAGACGCUAUGGGUAUGAACAUGAUUUCGAAGGGUGUCGAAAAAGCCCUGAAUGUCAUGUCCACGGAGUGUGGUUUCGACGAUAUGGCAAUUAUAUCGGUGUCUGGAAAUUAUUGUACAGACAAGAAACCCGCCGCCGUAAACUGGAUUGACGGACGAGGUAAAGGUGUUGUGGCGGAAGCGAUCAUACCUGGCGAUGUGGUCAGAAACGUUCUCAAGAGUGAUGUGAACGCGCUAGUUGAGCUCAAUACCUCAAAAAAUUUGAUUGGCAGUGCUAUGGCUGGAGCUAUAGGUGGCUUCAAUGCUCACGCAUCAAACAUCGUUACUGCUGUAUUUCUCGCUACGGGUCAAGACCCUGCGCAGAACGUGGAGAGCAGUAAUUGUAUCACCAUCAUGAAGAAUAAUAAUGGCAACCUACAAAUCAGUGUAUCAAUGCCCUCGAUCGAAGUCGGCACUAUCGGUGGCGGCACUAUUCUCGAAGCACAAUCGUCAAUGCUCGAAAUGCUCGGUGUGAAAGGCGCACACCCCACAACGCCAGGCGAGAAUGCUCGAAGACUAGCACGUAUAGUCGCUGCCGCCGUACUAGCAGGCGAGUUGAGUUUAUGCAGUGCCCUUGCAGCAGGGCACCUCGUCCGGGCUCACAUGGCUCACAACAGGAGCCAAGCACCGACACGAUCGACAACGCCAGUCUCGGCAGCUGUCGAGCCAUACAAAAGAGCCCAGGGUGGUGCUUUGAACGUACCAGUGAGUUUAAAAAUGACGAAUGGGACUAGUUAA